AUGUACACGUCUCCAAUACAUUAUAACGCAAUAAAAAGAUCAGCAACGGUGAAAAAUAAACAAGAAACAAACAUGCAAAUGAUUACAUGGAUGGUACGUGAGAUGCUUGUUGAUAAAGUAGAAUUUUUUAUCUUCAUCGGAGAUAGGCAGUACCAAUACUUAAGAUUAAAAAGUAUACAGGAAGUGACAAUCAAGAUAUAUUAA